CGAUUAUUUAUUCAUGUUGUUUCUUUAUGGAAACAAAGAAAGCUUCUUCUAAACGAAACGGUCACUCGAAAGGGAGAAUUACCGUGCUGUAAAAGGUUAUUUUAUUUUCUUCAGCUACACCCGAAGACCUAUCUUCCCGCUCCCGUCAUCAUUCCCUUCUCGCCGAGAUCCUGCGGAAUUUUAGAAACUUCGAGCGCCAUCCACAGGAUCGCAGAAAACGGAGAGAUUCUGUCGCGAAUCAUUCCAGACGAAUGCUGUUGGUUCCCUGCUCAAUCAACAUCUGGCCUGUCAAGGAUUUCGAACAACCUUGGAGUGAGACACGAACAAAUUGAAAUCCUCUUUUUUCUUAUAAAGUUUCUUCGCAACCAAGCGUAUCGCUGCAACUUCUCCUUAAUUGAAGUAUAUCUUGUUUUUCUGAGGGGUGGACCAAUGAAAAUAUUGGUUGGACAAACGAAAAACAAUACUUGUUGGACAAACGAAAAUCACUACUGGUUUUGUCCAGAUAAUUCCGGUGCGUUUUUGGACUGUUCCCAUCGCGCAAGAGAUAAAGAAUGGUUUUGUCGGAAGAAUACAAUGGUGCAUCCGUCGAGGAUUCAAGUUCUACGUCAAAGAGAAGACUACGAAUUCGCUAGCGAGCGAAACGACCCCGACGGAAGCUACAUAGCUAUCGGUACCGCCGACAACCAAGUUCUGAGAAAUAUCGGCGAUGCUACCGAUGAUGAAUUCGAUAACGAAAAUGAAAAUGGCAAUGGAAAUGGAAAUGGAAAUGAAACAACUCCGAAGAUGGAAGUAGACGACACGUCGAAACAUUUCAACGUCCUUUCGACAAGAAAAGAUGGAAAUAUUUCAUGAGAUGAUUUCGAGAUGAUGCAUUUGAAGAUAAUUUCGAUACUUGCCAGGCAUUGUAUAUAAUUUUCGAAUUUUAAUGGAUGCAAGGUGCAGAAUUAUUUAGUCGGUAUAAGCAAUGUAAACGUUUUCGAGGGUCUACGUGAAUUCCGCUGCAAGAUAUGUUUAAAAUUGUAAGUAACAAAUUCAUAGAUUGACGUUUACUUGAUAAAAAGAUCAUAGGCAUAGUUUUUCAUCGACCGAUAAUGGCGAACACAAGGCGGGCGAUCGACGAUCGGUCACUGCACGUUCGCGUGGCUUCCCUACAAUUCGGAAUGCACAUUCCACGAUUGAAUUUUCAAAUUUGUCUAUCUGUGGACACGUAUCAUUCAUCCGAUAGAUGACAUCUAUAUGCUGUACCGCAAACGGUAAGUUCGUAGAAUGUCAAUUUGGAAAAUGCGAGGCAGGACUCGAAUCUAAAAUCUAAAAUAAAUAAUACGUUUACAGAAUAUAAUAAACAUACAGGGAUAGCGAGUACAUUGUUAUGUAACUUGUGUUCGUUUCUUGCAUGUCUAUUUACUGUAUUCUUUUCCUCGAUGUAAUUAUUGUAUUAUCGAUGUUCGAUUGCUACGAAACGUUAAAUAUAUUGAAUAGUA